AUGGGGACCGCGUUUGCUGUGGUCCUUGUUUUUGUCGGCUGUUGUAGCAAUGUGGUGUAUCUGGAGCUGCUGGUGAGACAGUUUCCAGGAUGUGGCAACAUAGUCACCUUUGCUCAGUUCGUCUUUAUUGCCUUAGAAGGUUUCAUAUUUGAAACUAAAUUUGGGAGAAAGAAACCAGCAAUUCCUGUCAGUAACUAUUUUAUCAUGGUGACCAUGUUCUUCACUGUCAGCGUGAUCAACAACUAUGCGCUUAACUUUAACAUCGCCAUGCCAUUACACAUGAUCUUCAGAUCAGGAUCACUAAUAGCCAACAUGAUCCUGGGGAUAAUCAUCCUGAAGAAGAGGUACUCAGCCAGCAAAUAUCUCUCUAUUGUUCUAGUUUCCACUGGUAUCUUCAUAUGCACCAUCAUGUCAGCCAAACAAGUGCAUGAGGUGUCCAGUGAUGGAUCGGAGGAGCAAGGGUUUUAUGCCUUUAUGCACUGGCUUAUUGGCAUCGCCAUGCUGACCUUUGCCCUGCUGAUGUCUGCGAGGAUGGGCAUUUUCCAGGAGACGCUCUACAAGCAGUACGGGAAGCACUCCAAGGAGGCGCUCUUCUACAACCACUGCCUGCCUCUGCCCGGUUUCCUGCUUCUGGCCACUGACAUCUACAACCACUGCAUCCUCUUCAAUCAAAGCUCUCCCGUUCUUGUUCCUGUGGUCGGGCUGACCAUGCCGACAAUGUGGCUCUACCUGCUGGUCAAUGUCGUCACACAGUACGUGUGCAUCCGUGGCGUCUUUAUCCUGACCACAGAGUGCACUUCGCUGACCGUCACCCUGGUGGUGACCCUCAGAAAGUUCAUCAGCCUCAUCUUCUCCAUCCUGUACUUCCAAAACCCCUUCACCGCCUGGCACUGGGUGGGCACAGCUGUGGUUUUCAUUGGCACCCUGCUGUACACAGAGGUUUGGAGCAGCGUGCAGGCGGCUCUGCGGGGGGCCGGAGUCAAGGAGAAGAAGGCAGAGUGACGAAGGAGAGACCGCCGGCAGAUUGUAGAGGGGAAAAAAAAAAAAUCAGGCCCCUUGGGCAAAUUUGAAAUGUUCUCAAAUCUCCUGUGGUAGUUUUAUACAAAUACGGUAAUUUUGUUUUCAUACUUGAUCCUACAUGUUUUACCAACUGCAGUUUAAAGGAGGUGCUGAUAAUAAUCUGCUUUUCAGUGAUUAAAUGUCAUGAAAAGACCAAAAA